AGGUGACUCAAAAUCAAAGUCCCUUAGCCGGAACCCGAGUACUACAUGAGGUACAAAGAAUAUUGAAAAGUUUUCAAAUAUAUAAACUCUUCUAGACACAACAAUUGAAUUUCGAGAACUCUUCGAAAAUCAAUCAUGGCUGCUCCAACAGAGCACAAUGCAUACGCACCUUCUUCUCGGGAUAUUUCAAUCACGCCCCUACUCAAACGGUUAUGGCCUUCACCUGGAGAUAAUAAUGUCACGGCAUCAGAAAUUGCUGUAGCAAUCUCACAUAUCUUUACGGAUUCAUUAUCUCCUGUUCAAACGGGUGCGUUGCUCACGUGUUUGCAUUUCACGGGAUGGGAUCGAAAAGCAGAUGUUCUUGCAAAAUGUGCAGAGGCUAUGAGAGAAGCUGCAUCACCCGUUGAUAAAGAAGCCCUAGACAAAGUUGUCGCGGCUGUUGGGAGAGCAGAAGGCGGUUACAAAGGAGGUUUGGUGAAUUACCAUGAGCAAUUAUUUUGGAAUUAUUUUCUGAUCUAUUUCUAGUGCGACAUUGUGGGAACCGGAGGAGAUUCACAUCAUACUUUUAAUAUUUCAACUACAUCCUCCAUUCUGGCCUCAUCUCUCUUACUUUUGAGUAAGCACGGAAACAGAGCUUCUACUUCUAAAUCAGGAUCAGCAGAUCUCCUCAACUCUACGUCGCCUACAGCACCAAACUUGUCGGCGGUGACACCAGAUACUAUCACUAAAGUCUACCAAAAAAGUAAUUAUGCUUUUCUCUUCGCACCAGUCUUCCAUCCUGGUAUGAAAUAUGUUGCUCCUAUUCGAAAGGAGCUUGGUUGGAGGACAAUCUUCAACCUCAUGGGUCCUCUCGCCAAUCCAGUCGAAGGCAACAUUGAAGCCCGCCUUUUAGGAGUUGCUCGACGAGAUAUCGGACCUGUUUUCGCAGAUGCCCUUAAAAUGAGCGGCGCCAAAAAAGCCAUGGUUGUUUGUGGAGAAGAAGACCUCGAUGAAAUCAGUUGCGCAGGACGGACAUUUUGUUGGAGAUUAGUAGAUCAUUCUACAGAUGAAUCUUCAUCUUUCAACGAUGUCGAGAUCGAAAGCUUCACAAUUUGUGCUGCUGAUUUUGGACUUCCAUCACAUGACCUAAAGGAUGUUUCCCCAGGAAAGGAACCUCAUGAAAAUGCCGCAAUCUUGAUGAAUCUACUCCAAAACAAAUUACCAGAUAACGAUCCAAUUUUGGAAUUUGUCCUCAUGAACACUGCAGCUUUGUUUGUCGUCGCUGGAAUUUGUGAUGCAGAUACUAGCAAUAUGGGUCAUGGAGAUGAUGGGAAAGUCAUUACUGAGAGGGGACCUGGUGGAGGGAGAUGGAAGGAAGGUGUGCGAAGAGCUAGAUGGGCUGUCAAGAGUGGUGAGGCUUACAGACAAUGGAGACAAUUUGUGGAUAUCAGCAAUAGUCUCUAGAUCUGAAAGGCAUAUCUUUGGGAGACAAUUCUUGAGUGAAUGUGAAUAAUGAAUUCAAGGUCAUGAUAUAGAGAUCGGGUUCGGAAAGGUCUAAUGGUUAUUAGAAAUGGAAUGGAAAAAUUCUAGCUAGAUAUAUACAACUAUUCACUUAAAGGAUAAU